UUUUCUUUUUUUCGAGACAGGGUUUCUCUGUGUACUGGCUGUCCUGGACUCACUUGUAAACCAGGCAGUCCUUGAACUCAGCUAUCCACCAACCUCUGCUGGAAUUAAAGGGCCUCAACUCCAGCUCCACCUAUGUGGACCGCGGAUGAGAUUGCUCAGCUGUGCUAUGCACACUAUAAAGUCCAACUGCCCAAGCAGGGGAAGCCUGAGCCAGACCGUGAGUGGACUUUGUUGGCAGCCGUGGUGAAGAUACAGUCUCCAGCUGCCCAGGCUUGUGACACCCCUGAAGAGCAAGUGCAAGUGACAAAGGAAGUGGUUUCAAUGGGAACAGGAACCAAAUGCAUAGGCCAGUCCAAGAUGAGGCAGAACGGAGACAUCCUCAAUGACAGCCAUGCUGAGAUCAUAGCCAGAAGGAGUUUCCAGAGAUACCUUCUCCAUCAGCUCCGUUUGGCAGCCGUCCUGAACGAGGACGCCAUCUUUGUUCCGGGAACUCAGAGAGGACUGUGGACGCUCAGGCCUGGCCUGUCUUUUCUGUUUUUCUCUAGCCACACACCCUGUGGGGAUGCCUCCAUCAUUCCAAUGCUCGAGUUUGAAGAACAACCUUGCUGUCCCAUCAUCAGAAACUGGGCCAAAAACUCACCUGUAGAAGGGAGUGAUAAUCUAGGGGAUCCUAAAAAUAAGAGCAACUGUGAAGACCCUGACAGUCCCCUAGCCAAGAAGAUGAGGCUUGGAGCACCUGCCGGGUCGCUCUCCAACUGCGUGGCUCACCACGGGACACAGGAAAGCGGUCCAGUCAAACCAGGUGUCAGCAGCUCUGAUCUCACCAAGGAGGGACUGGGCACUGUCACUGGAAUAGCUCCAAGUAGCCUCAGGGUGCUGGACGUACAUAGGACGGGAGCCAAGUGUGUCCCUGGAGAAACCGGAGACUUGAGGAAGCCAGGCGCUGCCUACCACCAGGUGGGGCUGCUUCGAACAAAGCCAGGCAGGGGAGACAAGACAUGUUCCAUGUCCUGCAGUGACAAGAUGGCAAGGUGGAAUGUCCUUGGAUGCCAGGGUGCACUGCUAAUGCACUUCCUGGAAAAGCCCAUCUACUUGUCAGCUGUGGUCAUCGGGAAGUGCCCGUACAGCCAGGAAGCCAUGAGGAGAGCACUGACUGGCAGGUGUCAGGAAGUCUUGGCUUUGCCCAGAGGCUUUGAAGUUCACCCACUGAAAAUACAGCAGUCAGGUUUACUGUUUGAACAGAGCCGCUGUGCAGUGCAAGUGAGAAGAGCUGACAGUGCAGGCCGACUCGUUCCUUGUGGUGCAGCUAUCAGCUGGAGUGCUGUUCCUGAGCAGCCUUUGGAUGUUACAGCCAAUGGUUUUCCACAGGGAACAACAAAGAAAGAAAUUGGAAGCCCUCGGGCCAGAUCCCGGAUCAGCAAGGUGGAACUCUUUAGAUCAUUCCAGAAGCUGCUGAGCAGCAUUGCAGGAGACAAGCAGCCGGACUCCGUCAGGGCACAGAAGCUGGACACCUAUCAGGACUACAAGGAGGCCGCAUCUGCCUACCAGGAAGCCUGGAGCGCACUCCGGAGCGUACAGCCGUUUGCGUCCUGGAUCAGAAACCCACCUGACUACCACCAAUUUAAAUGAAGUCUUUCUGGUAUCCGGACCCUUCAUAUUGACCCGCCUCUCCCUUCGUGCUGAAAACAACA